AGUCCAUUCAUUUUUAAACCAGCGGGAAUGCUUAAUGGAGCCACAGGCACUCCUGCUGCCGUCUCGACAGAGAGUUGUUUCACUUUACUCCCUCUGUUUCUGAACUUUUCACGGCAAUAACACUAUGGACCCGCCGUGGGCUGACACCGGCGCUCCGAUACGGCAUGCAAAUACGUACUCUGACGUCGGCGAUCAUGUGGCUUUUGGCGUAGAUCCUCCUUGUGAUCGCCAAUUUUUUCUUUCCUGUCGCCUGUUGUCUGCUCGGUUAUUGGACCGCCGCGAGAGUGUUUGAAACCGAUUUGGCUUAUUUCUGGGUCUAGCAGUCGCUUUGGGAUUGUACGCACUAACCUGAGCAUCGCGCCAAAACGGUGGGCAGGUAGCAUCCUGUCAUGCAGUUCCAGGAGGUCGGCCAGAACCGGAGCUGACACGGUCAGCAAUCCCGGCCUACACUACACCACAACAGUCCCAUCUCUGCCAGGCCUUCACUUACUCUCGCUCCAGCCACUAAUCUUACCCCUGGGGAAGACUGGUUUUCAGACACUCAUCCCAGAAACUCUCCUGUGCUCGCUACCUGUCCUAUUAAAAAAGAGAGCCCAGUUCUGUAUCUGGGUCCCAGUACGAGCCAGGCCUCCUGGCUAUCCUUCGGUACCUGAAACUGAUUAUCCACCCAGCCCUCUGUGAUAGUAGUCCUGCAUUCUGCACCCUGGGCCCCUUAGCCUCCUUUAUAUCACCACGGGCCAAUCGCGGGCACCAAGUGAGGGCAGCUGUCCACCCAGACAAACCCAGGAUCCAUCAUCAUGUCGAGUCGACGGAAGGCCUCCACUCCCUUAAUGAUCCGACCAGAGCAGACCAUGGUGGAGCUGGAUGAUGACACCGAGGACGACAUGGAGACAACAACGGAGAACCAUGCUGAGGAGGGACCUAUGGAAACAGAUCUCUCAACAGAGGCGAAGCCCUCUGUGGAAUUAGACCUGAUGGGCAAGGCCUUGGACCCUCCCACGGCUCCAGACAAACCAGCCGCCGAGCCACCAGACCUCUCCAAGCCUCAGCGCAGACAGCAGGGGGGCUACGAGUGUAAAUACUGCCCCUUCUCCACACAGAACCUCAACACUUUCAAAGAACACGUGGAUGCCAACCACCCUAACGUCAUCCUCAACCCCCUGUACCUGUGUGCCGUCUGCAACUUCAACACAAAGAAGUUUGACACCCUGACCGAACACAACGAGAGGUGUCACCCAGGGGAGAGCAACUUCAAAUUCAAACGCAUCAAAAUGAACAAUCAGACAAUCUUGGAACAGACAAUCGAGGGGUGCAGUAACAAUGCAGUCAUUUACAACACCUCCAGCGCCAUUUCUGGCAAAGGGGACGAACAAGGCACUCUGCCGCUCAGCAAACCCACCACAGUCAAGAUCGGCAAGCCGAAAAUAAUGUCGCCAGAUAAUAAGCGGACAGAUCUGGCCAAGAAACCAAUCACCGCGGUCAACGUGAACGGGACGGUCAUCAUCCCGGAGUCGACUCUACUCAAAGCAGAAGGUCUCUCUCACAUCAUGCCUUCGCUCCAGCGGCCUCUAAACUAUACUCAGGUGCCGAAGAUCGCAGUGCCCCUCAACACAAGCAAAUACAACCCUUCGCUGGACGACAACCUGACGCUCAUCUCUUCCUUCAACAACUUCCCCUACCCAACACAGGCUGAGCUCUCCUGGCUCACCGCAGCCUCCAAACACCCAGAGGAGCAAAUCAAAGUCUGGUUCACCACACAGAGGCUCAAACAGGGCAUUAGCUGGUCACCUGAGGAGGUGGAAGAAGCCAGGAAGAAAAUGUUCAACGGUACGAUCUCCUCCAUGCCUCAGACCUUCACCGUGGUGGCUUCUCAGCUCAACUCCCAGCCAUGCAACCCGUCUGCCCCCACCGCGGCCUCCAAAGCCAUGCAGUCAGCAGCGUCUGUCCUGCAGUCCCUCCCCUGUCACCUGCUGGGACAGACCAGCCUGGUGCUGACUCCUGUAGCUAACGGCUCCACUGUCACGUGUGCGCCGCUGGCACUCACCGUGGCUAACCAGGUGGCACAGUCGCUCAAACGACCCCUGGCCUCCCCUGUGAUCGCCACGGAGACCAAACGGCCCUCCAUCAUUCAAAACAUCUCGGCGCCCAUGGCCACAUCCAAGCUGGCAUCACCCAAAGUGCUGAGUUUUACAGUUGACCCCAACAAAACCGACGAGCAGCUCUCAGUACUGAGGUCCAGCUACACACAGUGUCCUUUCCCCGAGGAAGAUGAGAUCUACAGGCUGAUAGAGACCACCGGGCUGUCCAGAGGAGAGAUAAAGAAGUGGUUCAGUGAACAGAGGCUCCUUAAUCUCAAAGGUGUUCCUCCACCUCCAGUGUUGGUGAAAGCAGAGGUGACACCAGCACCCAAAGACGGUCCUGUAAAGAAAGCAGUCCCCAGCCAUUUUCCCCUGCUGGAGAGGGUGAAGGGGAAGUCAUCAGAACAGCUAAAAGCGCUGGAGGAGAGCUUUCAGAGAAGCGGCACUCCGACAGAAGCAGUGCUAGACCAGCUGGCCCAGGAGACCAGGCUGUCCAAGACGGAGGUGGACUGCUGGUUUUCCGAGCGCAGGGCGCUGAGGGACAACAUGGAGAAGGCUUUACUCUCCAUGUCUGCAAAGAGCACAGAAGAGCGAGCAGAGCGGCCGGGAGCGCUGCUGAACGGCGCUUCACACGGAGGGAAACCUCCACGCUGCUCUCCUCAGCCCAUCCUGUCUGCCUCCACCAGCCCAGCUCCCGUUACCAGCCGCUCGCUCAGCCUGCUCCGAGAGAUGUUCUGUCGGACUCAGUGGCCAUCUCCCGAGGAGUACAGCCAGCUGGAGGUCCAGACAAGCCUUGGGCGCACCGACAUUGUCCGCUGGUUCAAGGACCACCGCUCGGCACUGAAGAACGGUGAAACUCUGGACUGGAUGGAAAGUUUCCAAAACCUUGUAGAGGAGCAGAAAGCAGGCCAGGAACAGAACGGCCAGAGUCCUGAGAAAAAACAGUGUGUUUCCUUGGAAGUCCCAGCUGGGAAAGCCGUUGGUGCAGUGGAGGAGGCCGUUGAGAACACAGCAGCUGCUGCAGAGCACUUCAAGCUGUCCGACCAAGACAAAGUCCAGUGGUUGACUGACAGAUUAGCCCACAGCGUGACGGACCUGAGCCGGACCAGGCUGGACCAAACCAGCUCGAGCACUGCUGACAAAGGGAGGUGGGUAAAGGUGACUGUGGCAGUAGGGGAGGAGAGUGAAGCGGGAGUGGAAAGACCGAGGCUGGCAACAGACACAGAAGUUCUGAGCUUGGAGCAACCUGGGAGGGUCAUUGGUUGACGGUCGAGUAAAUCAUUGACUGCUGAGUCACCGACCAUCAUGCGACGACUCAAGAUGUGGACUCGGUAAUGUAACUGUCUGCCUGUGAUGUCAUCACAAAGCGCCAGGGACAUUGGAGUUCCACCAUUAAAGCACUGACUGAUGUUUGGUGCAGAUGGGGACAUUAAGAGGAGUGCCAAAGCUGGACUUGAUGCAUUGUUCUUACUACUGUUACUUUUUUCUUUUUCUUUUUUUAAAGAAGCACCCUUGUAAAUAUUUUUCUGUAUUACAAAAAAGAAGGUUUGUACAGUUUUUCUGGGAGGGCAAGUUUUGUUACAUUUUUUUAAAAAAUAGUCAUGACCGGUGCCCCAAAACCUGGAAUGUUUUGUUGUUGUGUUGUUUAAGAUCAAAGUGUAUGAUAGUGUGUUAUUUGCUGAAAAUCAGCCCUAUUUUUAAAUCAUACCUGCGCACUACUCAUUAUGAGUAGACUUGGGGGGCACUUGCAUAAUAUAUUCCUGUGUUAGUGAUAGAUAAUUACAUCUCAAACUGUUGUGAAACUUUUCCUUUUCUCCUGCAGCGUUGACUCGCACUUGCAUAGAAUUAUGCUGAUGAAGGUGAAAAUCACUCCGAGGUGCUUGAGACGCAGCUAAAAGGAGCGACCGUGUUUUACAUACAGGAACAUGUAUCAAGAUGAUUAAUCACAUAGAGAAGAGAGUGGAGUGUCUGUUUGAUCGCACCAUGCUGCCUUUUCGGCUCUCUUUACAGACAUUUGCCGUUUGCUUCAAAACUGGGUACCCUAUGGACCGGUUACAGUGAUUUCAGCUUUUCACGUCUUUGUUUUAAAAACUUGAAAUAUUCUCGAUUGAAUCUGCCAAGAACAUUUAGGUAAAGUAGUUUUUACGCAUGAUAAAACUGAAGCUCCUGCGAUCUGUAAACGCACCCCUUGUGUUCUCUCUAGUAUUUCUGGCUUUAGGAAGGUCAGUCUGUUCAAAGCUGGAUUGGUGUACAGUCAGGUCACCUGAAGUGGUUGUUCAUGAAUCUCCUGAGUUAUAGAGAGAAAUUAUCAGACCUGUGCUGAUUGUAUUUUUUUUUUUGAAAAACGGCACAAAAAAAGCAUUUGAAUAUCACAACAGCCAAAGCUGUCAUGAACUUAUUGCAUGUUCAUUUUAAACAACUCAUUUUCAAAAAUGAUUUAAAGGGAUAUCUGUGAUUCUAUGGGUCAAAUUGCAAACGCUUGCAAUAUUUGUGCAGCAAAAAAAAAAAAGUUGAGUUGAACUGUCAUUUUACCCUGGUUUGAACAGCAGGUGUAUGACUGUUUACUGGCUGAAUGUCUGCUGCUGCUGCUGCUUUAGUUUCAUGUUCAAACAAGUAUCUGGGAUACUGUACAUUCGGUUGGUUAGAAUGGAAAACUGCUUGCAUUUUUCAUUUUGUACUUUUAAGUCUGCUGUAACUCAAUAAAUACACAACCAACUGUA